CAAAUAACGUGUGUCGUUGUUUUGUCCCGCGCAGGUAAUGACCUGACUGCUGCCCCCUGGUGGUGCAAUGAAGGACCUCUCCUCUUCCUGCUCUCCUCACAACUCCCAACUCCUCUACCCUUCCUCCAAGACCUCGGCAGGACCCUUCUCUCCAUCCCCCGGUGCCGUCCCUUUGACCCUGGCGUCGUGCCCCAAGCCGCAGCCUUUCUGCCUCCAGACGGGGCCGCACCUCAUCGCCAGCAUGCAGCUGCAGAAGCUCAACUCGCACUACCAGAACCUGGCGGGUUCCUCGGCGGGACACCCGACUCCCAGUGCCGUUCAAAGGGGAUUUAGGGCGGGAAACCAGAUUCUGGGGCCCUCCGGGAGCAUCGGUGGAGCGGGGAUGAGUGCAGGCGUCGGCGCGGGGAUGCAGGGCGCCGCCCCGAGCGGAGUCUUGGACUUUGACCUCGUAGACGAGGAGGUCCUCACGUCGCUGGUGGUGGAGCUCGGACUGGACCGAGCCAAUGACUUGCCUGAACUCUGGCUGGGCCAAAACGAGUUUGACUUCAUGUCAGAUGUGGCGGCUGGCUGCUGAUCCGGCACACGAGAAUAACUAAAGAAAGGAUGACUGGGAAAUUGCACCAUUCAGACCUCGGUGAAAAUAGACUUUGUCUCCUCUGUCGACAAGCAUGUCAUGUUUGUAAAAUAAAAAAGUAGCCAUGUGGAGAGGGACAGACUAGGAACCAGACCUCUAUCACGUUAAUGAAUCCUAGUUUCUCACAUGUUGGUCUGUUUUGAAGUAAAUAAUGGCUCAUAUUAAUCAGCACGUGAACCAUUUCAUCAUUAAAAGAGCACUUCUGCGCCCUUA